GGCGCAUCUGAGUCGGACAGACCGGUGUUUUACUGGAGGACGCCGAGCCGAACAGGUCUCGGAUGUUAUCCUCUCUGCCGAGACACGGACAUCACUUAAACUAGCCAGGUCCAACUUGGAGUAUUUAUCACUGGGCUUUUUCGAGAAUCUCAAUUCCCUCAUUGUGACAUUUUGGAGCAACAGCGAUUCCUUGAAUUCAUCUCGACUCAUCCUCCAAAGUCCCUGAUCCUAUUAAGAGGCUUCCCUUCACUCUCAGGAUCUCUGUGGACUGCAGAGCUAAAUGACAAAUUACCUCAACACAAACGCUUACACACAGCUCAGAAAUUGAGAUUCCCAAACCUUUACCCGGUCUUGCUAUUUAGCAACAGCAUGGCAGACAGUCGACAGCCAGAAGACAGCGCCCCCCAGUGGGACCCGUCAGGGGGGCAAGAACCUGGCGGCACCCAUGGUGCAAACAGCUACUCUUCAUCAGCCUAUCGGACCUGCCAACCUGGAGGGAUCCACAUGACCACCGCUCCUUACACUGCAAGGGAGAAUGGAUUUAAUGGUGAACUAGCUGGAGCUCCCGCUAUCACUGCAGAGCAAGUUUCGGCACGGAUUGUGCAGGAAGUGACAGCAGAGGCAGUGGCGGUGCUAAAGGGAGAACAGGAGACUCAGCGGCUGCCGUCAGUUGAAGAUACCACCAACUUGCCUCCCUCCCCUCCCCUUUCACCUGCAGCUGAACACUUUGGUCCCUUGGAGCAAGAUGUAGGGGAUGAGGAGGAGGCAGGCCCUCUCCGCCGCUUCCAAAAUUCUCGGGAGAGGUGCAAGUUCCUCGCCCCCUCCAUCUCAGUUUCCGUGCCCGAGGACGACCCCUACCACUCCGACGAGGAGUACUAUGAGCACCCAUUGUUCAGCCCAGAGUGGACGCACUCGGGCGCUCGCCCCACAGGGCACGGCGUGGCCUUUAGACAGAUUGAAGAAGAGACCAUGGAGGCUCUUACAGCUGAAUACGAGGAAGAGGAGGAAGAGGUGGAAGAGGAGGAGAGUGCAGAGGCAGCAAUGUCCGAAACAGCUCUUGAUGAGCAGCAGUGGAGUGGGGAAGAGCCCGAGCUGGACAGCCCCAAAGCUGAACCCUUAGAUCAGACAGAGCCCUUAGACGAGGUUGUAGACCUGGGGCAGUCUGAGGCAGCUAGUGCUGCCACAGAAAGCUCUGUGGACAGAGAGGAGGAAGAGGAGGAGGAGGAAGAGAUGGUGGAGGAGGAAGAGGGUGAGGAAAGCCAUGAGACAGCUUUGAAGAUGGAUGCAGACAAGCAGGACAGUGAGUCGAUGAGCCCUGACAGCAUUGGAUCAGAAAAGCGCCCUGAAGAGUUUUUUGAGCCUCCGAUGCAAGGUUUCUUUGCUGGUGAACGAGUUGUACCGGAGAGCCCGACCAUGGAUAUGCCAUCUUUUGUACCUCCAGAUGUUCAAAUCCAAGCCAAAGAACCAGUCACAACUCUCACACUUCAGCCUACAUAUGGGGAGCCAAUCACAGUAUCAGAAAAACAGCCAUCAGUGGAGGUGGUGGAGUUCAGCAGCAUCACUGCUCCUUCUGACUUCUCUUCGAUAGGAGUUAAAGUUCAGGCAGGAGACACAAAUAGAGAGGCCAGAGACAAAUCCGGUAUGUCAGCAUACUUUGAAACCUCAACUAUGGAGGCUGAGGAAGGUACAGAAUGUAAGAGCGAGGGAUAUUAUGAACUGAGUCGAUCUGGUGAAAAAACAAAUAAAGAUGAUUCCAAGUCCCAAGAAGUCAGCUACAGCACACUGGCAGAAGCUAAGGAUAAACCUGGAAUAAAAAAGGCUCCACCUGGAGAUACCGACAUGUUUGCAAUUCCUGAUAAAAGUAAUGAAUGUAGGCUUUCACCCGGUAAGCUUGCCUUAGAGCAGAGGAGUUACUCACUCAACAUCACCAUUGGAACAUCAGAUCAGAGUGGACAAGGAAGGCAAAGAAACUUCACCCCAUUGGCCACAGACAUCAUGUCAUAUACAAGUGGAAGUCUUGACGAGUCAGCUGACUACCUUCCAGUUUCUACACCCUGUGUAGAUAAGCCUCCAUCAUUUCCUCCUCUCAUCCUGGAGACUGCUGCUUCUGUCACAUCAGAUUCCUCUUCCCCUCCAAGAACUGCUGAACCACCAUUGAAGGUCAGUCCAGAACCUGAGUCUCCUGAAUCACCUGAGCCAAAUAAAGGCCCUUACAAAAAUGGAUCAGUGAUGACACAGGACUUGCCAGAGAUGCUAGACCUUGCUGGUACCCGAUCCAGGCUGGCUUCAGAAAAUGCAGAGCCUGAAAUAAUCCAGAAGAAGUCACUUAACGAUGAUGUUCCUAUCUUCACUGAUGAUCCUCUUGCUAGUAUGACUUCAGGGGAGCUGAGUCCUAGAGUAAGAAAAAGUGACAGUCAACUGGAAGAGAUGGGGUAUUGUGUGUUCAGUGAAUAUUCAGGGCCUAUGCCAUCCCCUGCAGAUGUCCUUAGCCCUACGAACACCUGUGGACAAGUUUUUACCCCUUCUGUCUUGGAGGAGAAAGUGGCUGAACAGGCAAGAAAAUUAGCAGUAAGAGAUACAUCCUUGGAAGACAAGACUUUGUCAUCUGGAGAUGCCAACGUUUACAAGAGGGAUGACCAAAGCCAAAGGGAAAGAAAUGAUUCACUUGAAGAAAGCAGCAAAUAUGAUUCACAUGAUCAUCUAGCAAAAUCUGUAAGUGAGACACCUAUUGGUCAGCUUAGUGAGCCAUUUGUGACACCAACUGUCACUGUGACUCUAGAGGAAGGAGACAGGUCAAUGAGUGAGACCGAACGCCAAGCCAGUGGUGAAGGUUCAGUAUCAGAAACCGAGAUCGCCGACUAUGAAAGGCAGAUCCGCAAGCUAGAGAUGGAGGACAGGCCUCUAAGUCUUGAGGAGGAGCGGGAACUCCAAGAGCUCCGGGAGAAAGUGAAGCUGGUGCACCAAGAGGCCUAUGAAGAGGUGGAUGCUGAGGAUGUUUACCAGCUGACUGGCAUGGCCAAAGACCGCAUUGCCAGGCCUGUGAAAACAUCACCUACUUCAUCCGUAGAGAGCAACAUUGAUGAUGACAAACUGCUUUCCCCGGUACUCUCACCCUCCAAACUUAAACAAAGAGAGUUGUACGGUUCACCCAAAAGAUCAGCUUCACCUGUUUCAGGAAUAAACAAAGAUGAAAGGGACGAACAAGAGAAGAAAAUGAAGGAAGACCAAGAAAGGGAAGCAGCUGAGAGAAUAAAGAAAGAUGAGGAAGAAAGAAGAAUGAAGGAGGAAACAGAAUUCAAAGAAAGAAAGGAGCAAGAGAGAAGGGAGAAAGAGGAGGCAGAAAGGAUACUGAAGGAAGAGGCAGAAAGGCAUGAAAAAGAGAUGACAGAAAGACUGGAGAAAGAACACAAAGAGAGACAGGAGAGGGAGAUGAAAGAAAUUGAGGAGAAAGAGAAGAAAGAAAGAGAAGAGAGGGAGGCAAAAGAGAGGAAAGAAAGAGAAGAGAGGGAGAAGAAGGAGAAAGAAGAAAGGGAGAGGAGAGAAAUAGAAGAGAGGGAGAAAAAGGAGAAAGAAGAAAAGGAGAGGAGAGAAAUAGAAGAGAGGGAGAAGAAGGAGAAAGAAGAAAGGGAAAGGAAAGAAAUAGAAGAGAGGGAGAGGAAGGAGAAAGAAGAAAAAAUGAAAGAACAAAUGGAGCGAGAGGAAAGAGAAAGGAAUGAAAGAAUGGAAAAAGAGAAAACAGAACAGGAACUGAAAGAAAAGAUGGAGAGAGAAAUAAGAGAGAAGGGGGAGAAGGAAAAGAUGGAGAUGGAACUCAACAAGGAGAAAGAACAAGAGAAACUGACUCAAAUGGACAAAAUAGUUUCAGAACAGCCAGUAGAAGCCAAAGGAAUGCAGCAGACAGAAAAUGUCUCCAUAAAUCUUGCUGAAGGAAAUCUGCUUAAAAAGGAGAAUGCAGAAGCAGAGGUGACAAAAGAGAUACCAGAGACCCACGGUGCAAUCGAAUCUGUGGUAAUGGUUGAAGACGAUUUCAUCACAGUGGUGCAAACCAUCGAUGAAGCUGAAGAACCUGGUCACAGUGUUCGUUUCUCUGCUCCACCUGAGGCUGAAAGCCUUUGUGUUGGUGCACGGAAAGAAGAGGCAGAAGAGGAUGAAUCUAUAGAGUUGGCUGAGGAAGCAGAUUUGGAGGCAGCCAGCCUUGAGGAGGUAGGGGAAGUUCCUGAAACCCCUGCCUCUCCAGCACAGGAAGCUCAGACCAGAGAAACCGAGGGACGGUCAGAAAGCUACGAUAGAGAUGAAACUACAGUUGAUGACUCCAUCCUUGACAGCUCCUGGGUAGACACACAAGAUGAUGAUAGGAGUAUGGCAACGGAGCCGAUUGAGCUUUUACCCAAGGUGCCCAGUCCAGUUAAGAAACCCGCUGUCGUACAGAGUAGUCUGACAAAACAACGAAGUACAGAAAAACAAGAAAAAUCUGUCAAACCCAAAACUAAAGGAGGGCGAACUAAAGGACGCAUCUCUACGCCUGAACGCAAACUUGUCCGCAAAGAGCCUAUCUACAUACCCAGAGAAGAGAUCAAAAAGAAAAAAGCCAUCAUAAAGAAGUCUGAAUUCAACAAAAAAGUGGAGACUCAGACUCUGUCUCCGUCCAAGCGGAGCGCCAUGAAGCCAGCAGUUCGUCACACAAGACCGAUCCAGCAUCACUCCUGCCCAAGAAGAAGACCCACAGAAGCCCUUUCAGACAGUCGCCACCCUCUGAGUGUUGCCAGACAGUCUCGAGACAGAGCAUCAGAUGGUGGGUCACGGAGUCCAGUAAAAAGAUCAUCUGCACCACGCCAUGCCUCUAUUCUGGGCCGCCGUGGCUACCACGAACACGAGGAGAGUUCUACCUCCAUCACCAGCUCUGGAUCGACUGCUCCCCGCAGACCCACAUCAUUUCGUACUGAAAUGAGAGCAGAGCAUAGGAUAGGACGAGCCCCAAGCAUGACAGUUACAGAAUCGGUACGUUCCCGUUCAGCUCGCAGCGGGCACUCCACCCCUCGGACCCCAGGCUCCACAGCCAUCACCCCAGGAACCCCUCCCAGCUACUCGUCAUCUUCAAGAACCCCCGGCACCCCGCUCUCCCUCAGUUUGAUUUCCCAGGAGAGGAAAGUGGCAGUAGUCCGCACCCCACCAAAGUCACCCGCAACCACUCCCAAGCAGCUGCGCAUCAUCAACCAGCCACUGCCUGACUUCAAGAAUGUCAAGUCCAAGAUUGGGUCAACAGAGAAUAUCAAAUACCAGCCAAAAGGAGGACAGGUCCUCAUCCCCAGUGUUAAACUGGACUAUAGCCAUGUUCAGUCUAGGUGUGGGUCCUUGGACAGGCGGGGUCACUCAGCAGGAGGUGGAAACGUACAAAUACAGAACAAGAAGAUUGACCUGAGCCAUGUGACCUCCAAAUGUGGUUCUCUCGACAACAUUCAUCAUCGACCAGGUGGCGGUAAUGUGCGAAUAGAGAGUGUGAAGUUGGAUUUCAAAGACAAAGCUCAAGCCAAGGUGGGUUCACUGGAGAAUGCACAUCAUAUUCCUGGUGGAGGUCGCAUUAUGAUUGAGAGCCACAGGCUGACAUUUCGUGAGCAUGCAAAGGCCCGUGUUGACCAUGGAGCAGAGAUCAUCGUCCAGUCACCUGGUCUGUCAGGCACCGUCUCUCCCCAUCAUCAGAAAGAAAGCCAGCUGUCAUCUUCUGGCAGCCUCAACAUAAUGGAGUCUCCACAGUUAGCAACCCUGGCCAAGGAUGUAAGUGAUGCCUUAGCCAAGCAGGGCUUGUGAACACUGGAUUUCUAGACUGCUGCUGUGCAUCCUAGACACUCUCACCUUUAAGAACUCGUCUGCCCUCUCUCGCCAUCAUGAAACAAAGUGGUUACCAUUGAUGCUCAGCACACAGAGGUCUCCUUAACAUCUUUAUCGCAACAUCCAUCUCUAAACUCUAAGCAGAGACUAGACUUAGAAGCUACUGUGUUUUGGUCUUCUAUUUUUAACCUUAAACAUGUGUUUUUUCUGAUUUGUUUUGUGGAUAUUUCCUUAUGUUUUGAACAAUGUUUUGGAUAGUUAGACUGAGCGUUUGCUCUAGAUUAAGUGGUAUAUCUGUCAACACUGGCUUUACUGGUCUUGGAUCAGCGUAUCGAAUAAGCGACAGCCUUUUUUUCUACUUUAAACAACUAAAGACAUGGCCUGUACACCAUGCCACCCUUUUUGUUCUUGCUCAGCAAACAUGCAUGAUUGCCAGAUCCCCUAACAAAGAGCAUCUUUACUGUGAGUCAUUAUUGACUCGAUACAUGAUCUGUUUAAAAAGUAAUAAUAUAGAGAUCUCUAUAGGAUACAACCUCUUUCCCAUUCACAUGUCUCACAUUUUAAAAGGAAGCAAAAAUAUGGCUAUAAGAUAUUACUUUACAAUGGCAUAUAUGCAAGAACCACAUCAUGUACUCGCAUGUAUGAAUCAAAUAUGAAAAGAGGCUCUUUUGUAUUGAAGAAAAAAAAAGACUUUUAGUAAAUAAUUUCCUCAUUUAUUGGAUAAAGAUUAACAAGUUCAUGUUUUGUAGUUAAUAGGUGUUUUACAGUGUAAUGCUUGGUGACAAUGUCCGAGACUGAUUUGGUGUUGCUGAGGGAUGCAGCUCUGUCUUGUCAAACAGCCUUACUCACUUAAACCUGCUCAACAGAUCUGUAUAGACGCCUGCUUAAACACUUGGAGCUCAUUCCACAAAUAUCUGUUCCAGAAGAAAAUUCUUUGAGAACUAAUCAAUAAAGGUUGAUGUUUAAAGGUGAUAAUGAUUGCAGUCUGAGCCACUGACGAAUAGAUGCUACGGCAGAUGAUGCCACUUCUCCAAAAUGUAUGUAUGCGUGUGCGAGAAAGCAUGUAUGUGUGUGUGUAUGCAUUUGGUGCAGAUCCCAUGCCGUUUUCUGGAGGGACGCCACUGUAUUUGGGUUGUUUGUUGUGAUGUGUAGGGAGAUGAAAUUGUUUAAGGUAAAAAACUUUUUAAAAGCCUUAAAUAAAAAAAAAAAGAACGAAAGAAAUACUUGUCAAAUGUCCACUGGGAGAAAGAACUCAGUCAGCUCCUGAUAUAUCUGGACAAAAUGUUUGGGUGAUCUAGAUUUUUUUUUUGUUUUUUUUUUUCUCCAGACACUGUUUGUGGUAUUACCCGCUUCCUGCCCAAUUACUGCCCCCAACUGCAACUGUUUGUUUGCUUCUGUGUUUAUUCUGCAUCCCCCAUCUCCGUGUGCCUCUCCCCCACCUCUUGCUCCACCCUGCAGCAACUCUUAAUGUAUUUAAAAGGUCAAGUAGAUGUAUGCAGUUUUUCUCCUGUUGAUAUGACACCAAUUAUGAUAAUUAAUGACAAUAAAAAUAACAAAAACUGA